UUUUCGUCGUUUGAUUGUUUGUCGAUCAAACAAUUGAAUUACCAAUUAAUCAUCGACUUUUAAACUAAUUAUUGAUAUUGAAAAUUAAGUGAGGAGUCAAAACAAACGGACAUAACCGUAACUUUCACCUUAUUUGUUUAAAGAAUGACUCAAUCGUUCAUCAGCUGGAUGAAAUUAAUUGCUUAUUGCAUUGAUGAUUAAUUAUGGAGUGAUCACUUACUUCUUCUUAGGCCCCAUCUCAACCCGUUCGAGAGUAUAAUUGAUUCUACUGUGUUUAUCACGUGCGCCGGAUUGCAAACGUGAUAUAAUUGAACAUAACCUAACAUUCCUCUCACACGCUCGACAUUUCGGAGUGGUGAUUGGAGAUUAGAGUGCAGAGGAGUGAAAUUGAGCAGAUAUAGCUGUCGAAAAGUGCAUUUGAGUGAUUAAUAAUGGUGUUUCAAUCGCUGACACUGUUCUCGAGGUGCAAAGGACCUGAUCAAUUCUGGAGGAAGAGGAAAAUCUUCAAGAUUGCAGCUCACUUCAGGAAUCGUGGAAGGAACUGCUACUCCAUCGCAAUUAGAAGGUUCCACCGCGCCAUGCUCUUCUCCACUAGAGGAAGACAGCUCAAGCGAAUGCAAUUGCACGAUUUAUGGGAGAAGAGAUUGGAUGCAGCAUGUGAAGAGCAGGGAAUAAACUUCAGAACGAUGAAAGAGGGUCUGGCUCGCAGUGAGAUAUUGGUGAACAGGAAAGUCCUGGUGGAUCUGGCAAUCUGGGAGCCUCGCACUUUCAAAUCCCUGGCUAAAAUUGCCUGGGCCAGGGCCAAACUCGACGGUUUAAACAGCAUGAGUAACCCCGAUCUUCCUCCAGGAGUCAUCACCCGAGGAAUGCUUAAGUAAUCACUUCAUUUAGGGAAUAAGACCACCAGUUAUUGAUAUAAAAUUUGAAUAAAAUGUUGAAAAAAAAUACGAAAAAUACAAUCUGUGCAUUAGGUUUUAUUGAGUCAGCACAUAAUGUGUAAUGUCCAUAAUUAAAUGACAUUUGAAUAUACAUUAUCAACAGCCAACAA